CAUUGCAAAAAUUAUUUAUUUCAUUUGGCGUCUUUCAUAAUUGACCUGAUUAAAAUUUAAACAUUUCUAAUUUUGAAGUAAAAUAUUCAAACUUGGCUGUAAUUAAUUAAUAGUAAUUAAAAUGGCCGCUUUAGCGUUUAAAGUGAAAAGUAAAAAUGGUCAACAGAUAUUAAAAGAUUUGACCUCUAAUAGUACAGUGGGUGAUCUAAAAAUGUUUUUGUCUAGUUUAACGGACGUUAGUUGCGAGAGACUUUGUGUGCUAUGUGGCUAUCCACCGAAACCUAUUGACGUGAGUGAUAAUAAUAAAAAAUUAAGUGAUAUAGGUUUAAAAACAGGAGAAACUUUGAUUAUUGAAGAGAAGGCGCCUCCAACAGCUCCACCUCAGCCUAGUGAGCCCGCCAAGCCUGUGCAGAAUGGCGUGCUUUCACACGAAACAAUUGGGCCCUGCAGGCCUGGUAUACUAAUGAAGAAAGUGGUCCCCUCAGACAAUUCAUGUCUCUUUACUAGUAUAGGUUUUGUAUUAAAUGGUAGUGUAGAUACUACAGUACACACAAUGAUGCGUCAAAUUAUAGCAAUGGAGGUAGCAAGUGAUCAAGAGAUGUAUAGUGAGGGAAUGCUCGGACGGCCAAAUGCUGAAUACUGUGUUUGGAUACAACAGCCCAGUUCGUGGGGAGGAGCUAUAGAAGUAGCAAUUUUAUCUCGUUUCUAUGGUCUGGAGAUGGCUGUAGUAGACACAUCAAAUGCAAUAAUCAACAGAUUUGGUGAAGACAAAAAUUAUGGACAGAGGGUAUUUCUUUUAUUUGACGGAGUGCACUAUGAUCCAUUAUAUUUAGAACAGUCUGAUGGCGGAAUCCAAACUGUGUUUCCAGCCGAAGACAUGGAUAUCUACAGGGAAGCGGAACAACUUGCUCAUGAAGCGAAAUCAUCGCGCCAAUUUACAGAUCUUAAUAAAUUUACACUUAAAUGCAUGGUGUGUGAAAAAUAUUUAACUGGACAAGUGGAAGCUCAAAAACACGCUAAAGAAACUAUGCACACGAAUUUUGGUGAAGUUUAACAGUAAAUAACAGCUGUGACUGUACUCUAAUUAGCCCGUUAUGUUUUUACACAGACCAUAGAUAGAUAUCGCAUCUGCAUCUACAUAUUCACGAGCCUACGUCUUGUCCUAAAGCGUAAAACGUGCCUGUGACCCCUCUAAACCUAUAUUCGCAAUUGUGGCAAAUCAAACAUAGACUCUGUCUCAAAGGAUUAAGGCAUAAAGUUUGCUAACAAGUUUUUCUAACAUUUUUAUAUAGCUACCUAAUUUGCGGUAUUUGCGACGUCAUUGCAGUCCAUGACAGCGAUCGUGUUACUAUGCGAUAUUUUUGGAUCUUUCAAUGAUGUUAUUCAAGUGAAACAAGCAUUACACAAACAUUUGUUACAUAGAAGUUAGUGGAAAGGAAAGAGUGCGUAUCUACCAUUAUACAAAUACGCUGGUUUGCCUCCUCGCCGUGACUCUGCACUGCGCAUGAGGGCUUUGAUAGAAACAGGAAAUAAUAGGCCUCGAUCAAAUAAUUCCAAACUUAUCGAUGUUGUAGUAUCGUCAGCAAUUAUAAUACGAAUUGGAUACGAUUGUUGUCUUCCACUGUCCCGCACUUCAAACUCACACAUUUCCAUAUAAAGCGUUGUAUAUUACCGUCUCUUUCACGGUUGCAAUAAAUUAAGAAAGAAAAAAAUAUAUUAUAUUUUUAUAAUCUAAUCCACGGUCUAUUUUUUGCUGAUGGUCCUAUACCGUACACUACUUACCGUACUUUGUAUAAAAAGAUGAAUUAUCACACUGUACUCAACAUUUAUUUUUAGAGAAUCUUCAUUUAGUAGAAUUAUUAUUUUUAUUUAUUUUUAAUAGGCAGUAGCUUUCCAAUUAUCACCUCACAAGAUUGAAUUGCCAAAAGUCUGUGUUUAUAUUUUAUAAGUGUUUCACAAAAAUUUUUGUAAGUGUACCCUGAACAUCAAGAAGAAUGUGUCAAAAACUUAUGUUGAUUUAAUUUUUAUUUAUGUUAUAAUUAAUAUAUGAAAUUACGUUUAAUUUUAUUGAAAUAACGA